UCGGACGAUUGCAAGAAACAGGCAUGAAAAUGUUUUAUAAUAAAAUUUUGUUUGUCGGAUUAAUAUCGCAAAUUGCUAUAGUGCUUGGAGCCGAACAGGGCUCAGAGGCAAUACCAAAGGAUUUAUGGUGUGAUGAUGUACCUGAAUUUUGCAAUAGGUAUCUCGAUUUACCUCGUCCUGACUGUAUAGCCAAAUUUCAAGAAAAUUGCAUUGAAAGUCCUUCGCAGGCGGUUCAGCAAUCAAAUUCUUCCGGCCACCUGCAAACUGACUCUGGAAUAAACCCACUUGGUCGAGAAGAUAAAAGAAAACCCGAACCCCCACAAUGGCUUAAAGACCUGGUUGCGACUGUUUUUAAAUCAAAAAAUUUUGUCUAGAACUGAUAUAAAACGAAAGGAAUAUCACCAAGAUAAGUUUUUAUAACCUCCUAUAUAUGUAUAUAAUUAAAAAGACAAAAUGUUUUAAGACCUUAA